AUGCGUUUAAGUGUGAGAGUGAUCGAUGUAGAGUUCGAUAUUGAAGUUGGUAAAGGACUACAGCAUGCUCGUUGGUUGGGGUUAUUGGCAGCUACAAGAUACGCUGAGCUAUCGCCUGGUCCCGCCGCCUUCUUGAUCCCAACUGCUGUCAAGACCGUAGAGGGACGGUUCAUACAACCACACCAAAGUCUUAAGGAAGCUCUUGCUGAUGGGGGAGAUACACUCGUGGUUGAAUUAGCUAUCCGUGGCGAGGCUCUAUCAAAGAUGGUUAGUCGUGAUGACACUGUGUAA